AUGCCAGCUGACCGCCAGAGUGGCAGUGCGGUGGCCGGGAGCCACCCCAGCGAGGCCCCGAGCGUUGCUGGGAAUUCAUCUGCAUCCCGUUUCUGGUGCCCAGAGAGGGGACCAGGGCUCAUGCAGCCGGAAUCCAUCGGGGAGGCGCACCCAGCCCAGACAGUUGGCCGCAGGGACCCCGCGGCGGUCUGCCUCCACCCCACCCCAGUCCCUCGCUGUGGCUGGAGGCUCCGAGUCGCAGGCUGCUUCCUUCUCCCGGGGAGGCGAGGCGGGGGGACCCCGAGAGCCCCCACGCUGCUUGGAGGUCGGCCCGGGGUCUCUGGGCGAGGUCAUCCCGGGACGCGAGUUCCCGCCCCUCCUGGAGUCCCGGACUUCCCCGAUCACAAAAGGCACCCUCUGCCUCCGCCGUGGCCAGCGUCAGCGGGCAGAGCGGGGACCCUCCCGCGCCAUCCCUGGGGACUGCCUCGUCCUCCCCCUCUGCCUACCCUGGCCGGCGCGCCCACAUCAAGGGGUUUUAUGCACGCUCCCUCACUUUUGACCAUCGUAAGCGUCUCGGAUCCCGCGGCCUCCUCCGGUGAGGCUCCGACGCCAGAACCCGCAAAGCCCAGCCUUCGCGAGGGCGGGAUUCGGAAAGCGGGUGGUAGCUGCAGGGCCGGGGUCGCUGCCCGGGAACGCAGGACGGGAGGUCUCUUAUGGACACAGCGCCACCCCCACCCCCGCACGAUCGCCGCGGGGAAAGCCAAGAGGAAGGGGCUCCCGGGUCUGAACCGCUCGCUCGGGGCACAGGGCGCUGCUGGGCGCGCGAAGAAACCGACUCAGGUGCGCUGA